GUUUUCGUUGUUUUGGCUGCUGAUAUUUUCAGUAUAUUGUUUAUUUACUUCAAAAUCAGUCUAUUCAAAAUUUCUUAAUAUUUAUUCGUCUUCUACUGUAGCAGACAAACAUGAUAAUAAUUAUGAUUAUUGCCUUGUUACAUACAAGGAAGAAUGGGAACGAAAUACAAUAAGAUUAUUACCAUAGUUAUUUGUACUCAUUUAUUUAUUUGUUUAUUUGUAGUAACCACUUGUUAUUUUAUUAUUAUAGUCAUUUUAGUUCACUUAUUGCAAAAAACAAAUUGAAAAUAUCUGACAGGUGUUCUUAAGAAAUGUGGACAGCAUAAAAUACUAAUGAUCUUUCGUCAUUAUUGUAAUUAUUUUUUUGUAUAAGUUGAGCUAUUUAAUCAUUUAAAAAAAAAAACAUCAUAGUAACGAAAAUUCCCACUAAAAGUAGUCAUCAGAAAAAAAAGCCGAUUUGAUUGCAAUAUAUGUUUAUAUGGUUGCUGAAUCAAUAUUUAGAAUCACGAACAAGCCUAAGUUAAAUAACAUUACUAACUAUAAAAAAAAACACUGAACAGUUGUUUUAUUCUAAUAUAAAAAACCACAACAGUGCGGAACUGUGAACACAUUCGGGUUUGAAACCACGACUUUUAGGUCUUGUUAUGUGAGCUUACACAUUAGGCUAUUGAGCUGUUAAAUUAUAAUUAAUAUAUGUAACAACCUUUAGUUUAUGAAAAAAUCAUUAUUAUGUAACAUUGAAAACUCAGUCUUUAUUCACUACCUUUAAAAAAAAAAAGAAAGAUUUAACUUGUCCUUGACAAAAUAGAUAUGGUUAUUUCAAGUCCAACCAUCAUCGGUCGAUUGGCCAAUCUAAACACUAAGUGGACACAACCAUUACGCACGAACUAUUUUCUCAUUGGACAUUUCUAUUUACACACGAUUCAAAAUAUCUCAUCUGACACAAGCUCCAAUGUCAUUGGCUCAUUCAUCAACACGCGCAAAUCAAUCAGAAUAAAAAGCCGUAUAAAAAUUCCAGAAUCUCAGAUGACCACACAAGUCCUAUUCACUAUGAUGCCCUAUACUGAAUCUUGUGGAAACUAUACACGUGUACCACCGAUUACCAAUAUUCACAGCUCCUACCAUAUACAACCAAAUCACUUGAAUGGAUCUAAUUCAACUUAUCCAUCCAGUGAAAAUACCGUCUGUUCUCGAAGAGGAAGACGAUCAAAUGUUCCACCUGAAAUCAGAGAACAAACACGUCGGUUAAAGAAACAAAAUAUGGAACGUAGACGACGUGCAUGUAUCUCCGAUAAAAUGAAUGCAUUGCAUAAUUUAGCAAUGAAUCUAAUUGGAAUCGAUCCUCAGGAAUAUCAUAAAGUUGAAAAAGCUGAUAUUUUGAAUCUAUGUCAAAGUGUAUUUGAAGGGAUUUUCAAUAUGACUAAAGAUGAACCAGAAUUAAAGGCACGUUUGAGAAAAUUGCGAUUCAAUUUGAAUGAGAUCCCAAACUCUUCUUCAAUAUCCCCAACAACAACAACAUCAUCAUCACCGUCAUUAUUUACAUCAACAAAUAAUUCCACAUCAAAUGUCAAUGAACAUAUACAAAAUAUUCUGAAUGUGAAUGGGAAAGACAAUUCACUAAGAAAAUUUACUCGACAUCCACAUCACCAUCGUUCCUAUCAUCAAAGUCAACAACAUUCACAGUCUAUUACCACCAUUUCUUGUUCUUCUUAUUCGAAUACUACUACUGCUACUGCUACUACCCAACUGUUCAGUACACCAAAAAUUUCAUCUCCAUUACCAACUUGUGAUAAUUUCGACCAGACAAUUGAUGAAGAUAAUAAGGAGAACAGAACACCGAGAUUGAUAAUUAGAAAUGCUUCAUCGAUUGGACAUUGCAGCACACCUUAUCCUAACAAUGUUACUAUCGAUAGUAGUUGUAAUUCAACUCCAAUCUCUUCCCAUGUAAAUUAUUCCUACUCCUACUCCUCCUCCUCCUCCUCUUCAUCAACAUCAGCAUCAUUCUUAUCAUCUUCCGUCACAUCAACUCCAUUGAAUAAUAUGCAUUCACGAGUUAAUGGACUGAUGAUGCAAUGGCAGUCGACACCGUUACAAUAUAAUCACAAAUACAAUUCAUUAUUGAGUGAUGGUGAUAGUGGUUUUUUCAGUAGUGGGAUUCAGUCAGUGGGAUUCACACCGAAUGUGAAUAAUGUAGUUGGUGUUAGUAAAACAAAAAUGAGUAUGGAUUCUGCUCAGUCUACAGACAUGUGUUCUGUGAAAGUACCAAACAUAGAUCAGAGAUCCUGUAAUGUAUUUCUGAGUCGUAUGAGAAAUAUGUCGUCAAUAUCACCUUCGUCAUUGCCAUGUGAUAAUCAUUUGUCAGCUUUCAGUGUGCCUGUAACGCGAUCGGCGUUAGUUGAGAUGAAUAAAUCCGUUGAUGUACAUAGUACCGGUGUUCAACAUGUUAAAGUGGAUAAUGCAGUAGUGAACGAUUCUAUGAGUUGUACACGAGGAUUGAUCUCUUCAUCUACUGAAGUUACAUCUGAGACAAUAAAUACUAAACAUCCAGUAAUGUGGAGACCAUAUUUAGACUGA